CUUAUUCCAGCAAUGCGUCGAGACUUAAGAGGCGAGCCACCGAACAGAGUAUCGUAUAUUAACACAGGUCCACAAAUAGGAAAACUUACGGCCAUGAGAGUCUGGCCGACACAGCCAACAACCUCCCGACCCGUCUGAGUUGAAUCAAGUGCAACUGCGGCUUCCCCUGCUCUAGACCUAGCAAGAGGGAUGCUUAAAAGACCACUGCCAUCGGACCAGAGUUCUUGCUGGUUUAAUGAAACUGGACGAAGCGAAAGAACUUCAGAGUUUAAGAAAAAGGCAGACUGGUGUCAGUGUCACCGCCUUAUUAGUCGGGGAGAAACUGCCGAUUGGAACUGAGAUUGACGAUGACCCUUUUAAGUUAAAGACCGGCGGGGUUGUGGACAUGAAGAAAGUUAAAGACAGGAAUAGGGACAUGACAGAAGACGAGACAGAUCUCAGCCUGGGUACAUCUUUUUCCGCCGAAACUAAUAGAAGAGAUGAGGAUGCAGACAUGAUGAAAUACAUUGAGACAGAGCUAAAAAAGAAGAAGGGGUUGGUGGAGGCAGAGGAACAGAAGGUAAAGGUGAAGAAUGCUGAAGACCACCUAUAUGAGCUGCCCGAGAACAUCCGAGUCAACUCUGCUAAGAAGACCGAGGAGAUGUUAUCCAAUCAGAUGCUCAGUGGGAUUCCUGAGGUUGACCUCGGCAUUGAUGCAAAAAUCAAGAACAUAAUCUACACGGAAGAUGCAAAGGCAAAGCUCCUGGCAGAGCAGAGAAAUAAGAAAAAGGACCAUGGCACAUCAUUUGUUCCCACCAACAUUGCUGUCAACUAUGUCCAACACAACCGCUUUUAUCACGAAGAUGUGAACGCACCACAAAGGCACCACAGACACAGAGAGGAGCCCAAAGCCAGGCCUCUGCGAGUGGGUGACACAGAGAAACCCGGCCCAGAGGCGGCAUCACCUCCCAACUACCGCAAACGUCCCAACAAUGAGAAAGCCACUGAUGACUACCACUAUGAAAAGUUCAAGAAGAUGAAUCGUCGGUACUGAGGAGCUGGAGCUUAAAUUUUGAGCAAAUUACUCAUCCCGAUUGUCCACCUCUGGCAUGGCUUUCACCUUUCUAGUAAUAAGGCCAACAAAUUAAAUUUGUGGAUAUAUUAUAUGUACUCUUAACUGGGGAACUCCCCUCAAAAAGUGAGCUUUAUACAGGAAAAUAUACAUGUUUUGUAAAUACCUAGAUUCCCUGUACUGUUUCACAGACAUCUCCAUGUAGGCUUGACAUAUUCAUGCAUCUGCCUUCUGUUUACUGGUACAGUAUGUUGUGCAUAAGAUUUUUUUUUAAUGUGAUUUCUGAUAUAGUGCAGAUGACAUUUUGAACAUAAACCUGCUAAAACCCCAAAAAUGUAAAA